UUCUCAUUAACAUCAACGAUCAAUCCUUAACAAACAACACCUCCCACCAACCGCCAUUCUUCCAACCACCGCUUCUGCAAAUGCAUACCCAUAAUCUCUUCUCUCCCAUCAUCGUCGCCAUACUAAUCUUCACCGCGAUCUCAAAACCAUGUUAUGGUCAGGUCAACCAACAAUACAACGUUUGUAAUCAAACAUACAGUUGCGGAUCAAACAUACACAACAUGAGAUAUCCCUUUUGGGGAGAUGGUCGGCCUCAAUAUUGCGGCCACCCACAGUUUCAGUUAAAGUGUCAGAAUACCGAGUACCCAACUGUGACCAUCAACGAUCGGUCAUUUCAAGUACUAGGAAUAAAUCAAUCUAGUCAUGUCAUGACUAUCGCGAGAAUAGAUCUCUGGGAUAGUUAUUGUACUCAGAAUUUGAGUAAUAUCAGUUUGGAUGGCAACUUUUUUUGGUACAGUCAGGCUGUGAGAGAUCUAUUCAUGUUUUACGAUUGCACCCAGAAUAAUUUUACUAGAGGCUUGUCGAAUAAUUUUACGUGUACGAAUUUGGGAAGUGAUGGCGGAAAGAGUUUGGGUUUUUACGCGGACGAGUCAUUGUUGAGGGCUCUGCUGCUUGGAAAUGUUACCAAGUUUGAGGGAGUGUUAUGCAGAGUGAGUGUUGAAGUUCCGGUUCUUCGGGUGGCUCUGGAUGAGCUUUCGAGCAAGUCAUUGUCGCUGCAGGAGGCUUUGAACCAGGGCUUUGAGGUGGUUUAUUAUGCAGAAAAUGCGGCUUGUUUGGGGUGUGAGGAAUCCGGUGGGAUUUGUGGAUCAGAUUCUAGUUCCCUCGUGUUUGUUUGCCAUUGUCAGGACCAUACUCAUCCCCGCAACUGUCGAAAUGAUGGUAUGCCACUUAUUUUAUUUUAUUAUUAUUAUUUUUCGGGCGAGUAA